AUGGUUCCCGCCCUUGCUCAACAUGCGGCAGCAGAAAUCGAACAGCCGGAUGGUGCAAUUCAUGUCAAACCGAUUUCUGCCCUUCAGACUCUAGCCUUAUGCUCAAGAGAGGACGAUGUCCAUAUUCGCCAAAAGUACCGGCCCUUCAUUCUUGAGGAGGCUGAGGACUGGAUCGAGAGCCUCGACCUGACUACUGCUCUGAACAUGGCUGAGAAGAACCUGAAAGCCACCAAUGAGAGGCUGAAGGUUCUUGUUCUCUACGGCAGCCUCCGUCAAAGGUCAUAUUCGAAAUUGGUAGCUUUCGAAGCGUCUCGAAUCCUUUUUCGGCUCGGGUGUGACGUGCGCGUCUUCGACCCGGAGGGUCUUCCAAUGAAGAACGACAGGGAUCAUACCCAUCCUAAAGUCCAGGAGCUCAGAGAGCUUAGUGUUUGGAGUGACGGGCAUCUCUGGGUUUCACCCGAGCAGCAUGGGAACCUGACGGCCGUGUUCAAGAAUCAGAUUGAUUGGAUUCCUUUAAGUACCGGAAGUGUUCGUCCGACUCAGGGCCGGACACUCGCCAUCGCCCAAGUGUGUGGCGGAUCGCAGUCGUUCAAUGCGGUCAACUCUUUGCGCAUCCUCGGCCGAUGGAUGCGCAUGUUUACCAUUCCGAAUCAGUCCUCCAUUCCCAAAGCCUACACCCAGUUUCCAGACGAAGGCCAAGUAGGAGAUCAACGACUCAUACCUAGUGGAAACCGCGAUCGCCUGGUGGAUUGCAUGGAGGAAUUCGUGAAAUAUACAAUCCUAAUGCGACCGCACCUGGAGCUGUUCGCUGAUCGGUUCAGUGAAAGGGAGGAGAAGAGACUCAAGGCUGCGAAACAAGCCGCCGCCCCGGCUCUUUGA